AUGCAGUAUGACCUCGAUGGAAGACACUCAAGAAAAACUCAAAAAAUUCUGGACGAAAUAGAAAAAGAGGAACUGCAGAACAGGAAUGAAUGGUCUGUCGAAAAAACGAUCGAAUGGAUAAAACACAACUACCACUCUAUAAUUCUUGUUUCUGUGCUGCUGACGUGCUGUCUUUUCAAUCUUGACGUGCGAAAGGGAAAGAUAUUUCCGUUCCGGAUCUUUGGCGUAUCUCUUUUGAAGUACAUGAUAGUCGGCCAAAUGAAUCUCGUCCUUGUCAUUGCAGCUCUUUUCUUUGGGCUGCUAGAUCACUUCUUUGUUGAUAGAAAAGGUUUUAAAAACAUCCUGGGAAGCUACUCGCAUGCUGCCAACGAUGCAAUUGACAGUCUUUUGAAACUUCUUCUCAACAGAGACCCAGAAAAGAGAGAAUCAUCGUACUACUCUUUCUUUUUAAAUCCUUUGUAUAGUUUUGCAUACAACACAACCAGCACAGGGACUGUUCAGACAGUGGAAAGCGCCAGAAACAAUAUAUACGAAAAAACAGUGUUUAUUGUGAAGAGAAUGCAUGUUCUUCUGCUGUGGAUGAGCAUGUUCUGGUCUUUUGUCUCUCUUUCUACGCUUCUUUUCGCAGGCCUUACGAACUCUUCAAUGAUUCUGGGCAACUUUUCCCAUUUUUCUGGAGUCUCUUCAAGUUUUUCAUACAACUUGCUGAUACGUGCGGUGCCCUUCUUUGGCGUUCUCUACGACCGAAUAGCGCUCAAAACAACAGAAACGAGCUAUUUCUCGGAAAGAACAUACAUCUACUCUCUGGCAGGAUAUGGCGGCGUGCUGCUGCUAAUGAACCUUCUUAUGCGUCUGUCUGAAGAGGUUUGGCCGUACCACUUUUGCGACUACAUCACGGUGAAAAUGUUCUUCUUUAACUUUGGCGUGUUUAUUAUCUUUGCAAACAUCUGCUCCCUAAUCGUUAAGUAUAUAGAUAAAAACUAUCUAGACACGAUGGUAAGCAAAUGCUACCGCUACUUUAUGGAGAAUGGGACAGAGGGCCUCUAUCUCUAUCUGAAAAAGGAGAAAAAACUGAUCAACACUUUUCUUAGCGCACUCGUUUUUAUCAUGGGAGCUACGUGUUUGUAUGUGACUUUCUACAUGAUGUUUGGGUACUUCUUUAACAUUUUUAUGCUGAAAAUCUACCCAGUAACAAAAAAUUUAAUGAACUAG